CGUCCCCUCCGUGUCGGUUGGCCGAGAGUGAGUUUCCAGGAGCCGUCUGGGACAAAGGGGAAGACUGAAUAGUCUGUGCCUACAUCCUCUGGCAUUCUGCCCACACUCCUGCCUGCUGUCACUGACCACAAAAUCAUGCCUUGGGGUCAGAAGAGUAACCUUCGUGCUCAGGAGAAACACACCCAGACUCAAGGUGAGACUCAUGGUCUCCAGGGUGCUCAAGCCACCACAACCAAGAAAAAAAAAAUCCCUUCCUCACCCUUUGCUCAUUUGGGGGCUAUUAUCCAGAAAAAAUCUGCUGCUAGCUCACGUAGCACUCUCAAGAAGCCUCAGAAAGCGUUAUCCACCACUAUGUCUGUAGGCGUUUCUCACACAAAAUCGUGCAAAGGAGCCAAGAGCAAAAGUAGGAAAAAGCCAAACUCAACCCAAGUGCCACCAUCCAGGAUGCGCUCUCGAAGACGUGCUCUAAGCCAACAGUCAAGUAUAGUGGUGCAGUUCCUGAUGCACAAGUACAGAAUGAAAAAGCCCAUUACAAAAACCGGUAUGCUGAAGAUUAUCAAUAAAAAAUAUGAGAAUCACUUCCGUGAAAUCCUUAAAAGAGCUUCUUUCAGCAUGGAGGUGGUAUUUGGUGUUGAUUUAAAGGAAGUUGAUUCUACCAAAAACUCCUAUGUCCUUGUCAGCAAAAUGGAUCUCCCCAACAAUGGGACAGUGAGUCGCGGCAUGGGGUUACCUAAGACUGGUCUCCUGAUGAGUCUCCUGGGCGUGAUCUUCAUGAAGGGAAACUGCGCCACUGAAGAGAAGAUCUGGGAAUUCCUGAAUAAGAUGAGAAUAUAUGCUGGGAAGAGACACUUUAUAUUUGGGGAGCCUAGGAAACUUAUUACCCAAGAUUUCGUGAAGCUGAAAUACCUGGAGUACCGCCAGGUGCCCAACAGUGAUCCUGCACGCUAUGAAUUCCUGUGGGGCCCCAGAGCCCACGCAGAAACCAGCAAGAUGAGAGUCCUAGAGUAUUUGUCAAAGAUCAAUAAUAUGGUCCCCAGUGCCUUCCAGUUUUGGUAUGAAGAGGCUUUGAGAGAUGAGAAAGAGAGAGCCCAAGGGGCAGUCACAUGCGGUGAUAGCACUAAGUGACCCAGCACCAUGUCCUACUGAACC